AUGGCUAGUACAGUUGGAAAGGCCGCAAUCGCCUGGGCAGCAGCAGAGCCCCUUUCAGUCGAGGAUGUCCAAGUCGCGCCACCAAAAGCCCAUGAAGUCCGCAUCAAGGUCCUCCACACGGGAGUUUGCCACACUGAUGCCUACACGCUUUCCGGCAAGGAUCCCGAGGGUGCUUUCCCAGUGAUCCUGGGCCACGAAGGUGCCGGUAUAGUUGAGUCUGUUGGCGAAGGUGUUACCAAUGUUAAGGUCGGCGAUUAUGUGAUCGCUCUCUAUACACCGGAGUGCGGAGAAUGCAAAUUUUGCCGGUCCGGGAAGACGAAUCUGUGCGGCAAGAUCCGGGCCACGCAAGGCCGCGGUGUCAUGCCGGAUGGAACGACCCGGUUCAAAGCCCGCGGAAAAGAUCUACUCCAUUUCAUGGGCUGUUCGACCUUUUCCGAAUAUACCGUCGUCGCCGAUAUUUCAGUUGUGGCGGUCACUCCAUCGUGUCCGACGGACCGUUCCUGUCUUCUGGGGUGCGGUAUUACGACCGGGUACGGUGCCGCUACGGUCACCGCUAAUAUUACGGAAGGAGCAAAUGUGGCGGUCUUUGGCGCUGGCUGUGUCGGUUUGUCGAUCGUCCAGGGCGCGGUGAAGAAGAAGGCCGGAAAGAUUAUUGUGGUGGAUAUUAAUGACGGAAAGGAAGCGUGGGCUUACAAGUUCGGAGCGACUCAUUUCCUCAACCCUGCUCGACUGAGGAAAACCGUUCAGGAUGAGCUUAUUGACAUGACUGAUGGUGGAUGUGACUACACAUUCGACUGCACGGGCAACGUCAGCGUCAUGCGCGCUGCUCUGGAAGCCUGUCACAAGGGCUGGGGUGAGAGCAUCGUCAUCGGCGUGGCUGCUGCUGGUCAAGAGAUCUCAACCAGGCCAUUCCAACUGGUUACCGGUCGCGUAUGGAGGGGAUGCGCUUUUGGUGGCGUCAAGGGUCGUUCUCAGCUUCCGGCCCUUGUGGAGGAUUACCUGCGGGGUGACUUGAAAAUCGACGAAUUUAUCACACAUCGUGAGAAGUUAGCCAAUAUCAACGUGGCCUUUGAGCAGAUGAAGCAAGGGGAUUGUAUCCGAUGCGUUUAUUCAGGAAAACUUCACAUAGCGAAAGAUAUCUUACCAAUCGUUUCGUUUCUACUAUACCUAAUCUACACUUCUUUUUUUGAACACCAAUCAAAAGCCGCCAUGCCUGUCUCCCUCCAUCCUCUCGUUGACAAUGGCCUCGCCAAGGGCGACGCGAACUUUCCCGGUGGAAACCUCUACUGUCUCUGCCCUCAGAACAAAGUCACAGUCGCCCUCAAGGGUAAUGUCGCCCACAACCACGCCUGCGGAUGCUCGAAGUGCUGGAAGCCCGCUGGCGCACUCUUCUCCGUCGUCGGUGUGAUCCCCAAGGAGAAUCUCUCUGUGGCUGCCAACGCCGAAAAGCUCCACAUUAUCGACAAGGCCGCUGCCAUCCAGCGUUACGCCUGCAAGGAGUGCGGCACCCAUUUGUUCGGACGCAUUGAAGUUGACCACCCCUUCAAGGGCCUGGACUUUGUCCACGUCGAGCUUUCGGACAAGAAGGGCUGGCAGGAGCCCCAGUUCGCUGGUUUCGUGUCCUCCAUCAUCGAGCAAGGCUUCCACCCCAGCGGAAUGGAUGAAGUUCGCUCCAAGUUCCAGUCGGUCGGCUUGCAGACUUACGAUGCCUUGUCUCCGCCUCUGAUGGAUCUCAUUGCUACCUACACCGGCAAGAAGUCCGGAAAGCUGUCUGCCAACCUGUAA